GUGAAGGAGAACCAGAGACACCAAAACAAGAACAUGAAUCUGAAACUUCUUUUUUACCCUGGACUCCUUCUGCUGCUUAUUGUCAGUCMAAAGCAGGCAGGGGCCAGAUCCAUUUCCAGCUCACAGAGUCUGUCCAAAUUGUUGGAGGAGGACCUGGAGCAUGUCCUGGUCUCAGAAGAGAGGGAUGAGCAAGAAGAGGUGAUCCCAGAAGGUGUUUUUGACCAGCAAGACACUGAACUCCAGUGGAUCCAAAAUGCCAGGGAUCAGCCUGAGAGCACGUUCAUGGGUGACAGUGAAAUCCAGAGAUUCUUCAGCGACCUCCUGAAUUUAUCCCGCAGAUACCGAGGCAGAAGCAAAAAGGGYCGCUCCAGGGGCUGUUUUGGGGUCAGGCUGGACAGAAUUGGGUCACUGAGUGGACUGGGAUGCUGAUUCUUUACUCUGGACUGAUUUGGGGUUUCAAAGGACUGGCUGUCAGUGAGAUAUUCAGCUCUUUAUCACAUUGGCUCCACCAAUCCAUCCACAACAUGAGAAAAUUGCACCCAGCUCUCCCCKGAAUUACUUGGCCAUCAGAACACACCUUUGCUGCACUGUUUGUAUCAGAGUAGUUAUUUGUGAACUUCUAUCUGAAAAUUAAUCAUAAAGAACCACGUUUGUACUGUUUGUGUAUUGAAUGUAUAAAUAAAUAAGUCUCAUUAUG